AUGCCCCCGCAAACCCCUCCAGCGAUAUUUGCCCUCAAAGCCUUUCGAACGACCCUGUUUGGAACUCCAGCUCCACCCAAGUUCGAUGAGAAACCGCCCCAUAAAAGGACAUCGAAACCGAACCCACACCCGGUCAAAGAAAAAAAGGAUGAAGUCAUUUCGAAAGACUUACCUCUCUCGAGACGGAACCCUGAACCGUUAGAUAAAACUGAAGGUUUAGAGGCCUCGGGCAACCCCAUUGUGCAACCAAUUCCGUUCAAAAUUACCAAAAAACCCAAUCUAUUUGACACAUCGUCCAUUUCCACUUCAGAAUUACCACCCAACCCGACUGAUAACACUCCCGUCAGGCGUCCUGUCUCACCGACUAAAGGAAUCCUCAUGACUCCUGGUACAGCUGUGGCUCGUAAAAAAGCUGUAACAUUCCAUCCUUCAGUUCCUACAGCUACCACUCCGCCCAAUCGCAAUGGCCACAUCAGAUCUGGUCUUCCACAUGAGUUUCCGGGGAAGUUCCCCAGCCCCUGGACUCCUAAGGUAUCUACUGCCUCUCACCACCAACGCUCCGCAUCUUGGUCAGAUCCAAGUUCCUCACGUCUCCCCGACGAUGAUGAGCAGCCAGGGCCUGCUGAUAAAGCUGAGAAGGGGAAACAACCCCAGAAACUGACCGCCCCUAUCCUUGCUGGAUACUACGAGGUUAAUGAGGACAGCCGCAUUGGCGAUUUUCUCGACGAAUCCGAAGGCGAUGAAGAUAUUCCAGAAGACCUUCAAGAGGUAGAUGCCACUACGGACAUGGAAGUUCCUCGUUCCAAUUCUGGGAAAUACUGGAAAGAGCGCACCGAAAAGAUUGAAGGGUUGGCUUUGUCCAAGGUCGACAGGCUCAAAACUCGAUGCAGGAUUGCUACCGGAUAUGCGAAACAGAAGGAUGAGCUAUGUGUCAAUCUCAGCGAGAGGAUCAGAGAGUUUGCGGAGAAGAAUAGAAGACUCAAGAUCGAGCUGAAGCGGCUAUCUGCGAGUACAUCUGGAGCUCCGUCAACAGCGACUGGCUAUAUGAAUACGUUCUCUUCUUCUUCCUCCUAUACCAGUCAUGCCCUUGAACAGGCUAUGCAUAUUAUUAGGGAGAAGGAUGCAGAGCUAGCCGCAAGCAAUCAGGAGAGGGAACGAAUGGAUGGCAUCAUUGAAGGUCACAGGGAAAAAUUAAGGGCAUUUGAGGAGAUGUUGGAUCAGAGAGAAAACAAAAUCACGGAACUUUCGAUGAGCAUGUUUAACGGAGAUGAUGACCAAGACCUCGAAGAGGUUGUGGCAAAUUUGAGAAAGAAACUAAAAAGUGCUAAAUUGGAAGCCAAGGAGUAUGGGCUGGUCCGACUAGAGGCUAAGAAUUUGAGAGAGAGAGUUGAUGGUUUGGAAAGGGGUUAUGUGGACGUAACAACAGAAAAGGACAGACUUCAGAGAGAACUGGAUAGGAUGAAGUCAAUCGAGGUGGAAGGAGACAAAAGUAUGAGCAGGAUACGAUCCAGCGUUGAAAACCGGCUCAGGGCACAGGUUGAAGGCUUGGAGAAGGCAAGAAAGGACUUGAGGGCCGAGCUUCGGGAGAAAUCCCUGAAUGAGGCAAAAGAGAAGAGAGAGUCUGAACGGAAGUGGAGGGCUGAACUGGCAGAAGCCAAAGGGAAGACUGCGGCAGCUGAAUGGGAGAAGGAGAAACUCGACAAGGAAAUUGGGGAUCUUAGGGAGUACACCGGAAGACUUGAGAGAGAGUUGGAGCGGACGAGGACGGAACUAGAUGAGCUCAGGAAAUCAGGCGGUUCGUCGUCAGGCACAGUUGGAGAUGACAUCAGAGAAUGGCAAACAAAGCAGAGAACUACAGUGCAGGAGCUACGUAAAGCCAAGGAAGAAAAUUGUUCCUUGAGGACUCAAAAGUCUGGCGUGGCUGAUCAACUUCGAGAUGCCAAGAAGGAAAUUGAGAAACUCAGACUUCGAUUAACCGGCGCUACAAAUAUCGACGUUACAACACUCCCCACCACAUCGAGCCAACAGAACAAAGAGCCGGAGAGCGCAAGCGAUGAUAGCGCAGUAGACCGCAGCUUCGACCGCCGAAAUCGGCCAACCACCUCACCACCGCCCGUGCCAUCCACCCCUCGAAGCCGAAGUCCCGCGAAACUGAACAGCCCAUCACCAAAACUCCCAACAUUCUCCUUUGCAGAAACCCCAAAACAAACAAACAACAAGCCCCUCAAUCCUGAUACCGAAUCCUCCCUCCUCCUUCCAGACCUACCCCCAGACACCCCUGUUGCCGAUAGCAAUGAAUACACCAACUUUCAACAACAGCGCAAGCAAAAGGCCAGCCCUCGAGCUUCCAUAGUCAACAUAGCCCCAACGCCCCCAAGCUCUAACUUUGCCAGGAAAGUCACAGGGGUUGGCAAAGUUGCUGGAAGACGAGUGAGUAGCGGCGUGGGAGCGGCGGGUGGUGGGGUUAGAAGGGUUAGCUCCUUGGCAAUGGACCCUGCUCGGAAAGCCGCUGCGGAAAGGAGGCUUGCUGAGAGGAGGCGGGUAAGAGGUGCUGCUGCUGCUGCUGGGAACAAUGCGUAA